AUGUCGGACCAAAAAGACGAUUCCUUGAUGAAGCCCUUGACUGGAAAUGCUACUGAGAGUCCCCCCAAGAAUGCAGCAACGGACAAGACCAAGGAUGGGACUGCCUCUCAACAAUUCAAACUGCUCCUUCUCGUCAUGAUGGUAGCCCAAAACUCCAGUACCGUGUUGGUGGGAAGACACACUCGAUCCUCAGUGCCAAAAGAGGAGCUUUACUCGGUCAAUCACUUGAUUUGCACUUGUGAAAUGCUCAAGUUCAUCUUGUCAUGUGCUUUGGAAUACCAAGGAACCAAUGGGCAGCUCAUGUCGUCGAUCCAACUUCACAUUCUGGAUCGUCCCGUCGAUGCGCUCAAGAUUCUUGUCCCAGCACUUUUGUACCUGCUGCAAAAUACACUGCUGUAUGUGGCACUGUCCAACUUGACAGCUCCCAUUUUCCAAGUCACUUACCAGGCAAAAUUGGUUACCACGGCCGUGGUUAGUGUCAUUAUGUUGCAGCGCAAAUAUUCAUUCCAACAAUGGGUUUGCCUGGUAUUCCUCAGUUUGGGGGUUGCCACUGUGGUCCUGGGCGAAAAAGGGGGCAGCAAAGACAAUGAAGAAUCGGGCUCGCAAAAUCUAUUUGUCGGAUUGGUAUCCGUCACUACCGCCUGCUUCUCGAGUGCUUUGGCAGGAGUCUAUUUUGAAUACGUCGUCAAAAAACCGGCAGCCGCUGGACAAACAGCACCAGCUCCCAGCUUGUGGAUGAGAAACAUGCAAUUGGCAUUCUUUAGUGUAUGCAUUGCGAUUGGACAAGGAAUCUUCCAAUCGGCAAAGCAGACUGAUGUUCCCGCGGGUCAAGGAUAUUUCCAUGGAUUCACCUUUUGGGUAUGGGUGUUGGUGUCAUUGCAAGCGGGAGGCGGAUUAUUGGUCGCCGCUGUGAUCAAGUAUGCCGACAAUGUAUUGAAAGGAAUGGCCACUGGAGUCUCAGUGGUUACUUCUACGGCAUGCAGCUUUUUCCUUUUUGGAACAGCUCUCACUGGGCAGUUCGUCAUUGGUGCCGUGAUGAUCUUGAUUUCCGUUUACGGUUUCUCCAAUCCACUUCCCAUGCCUGGUGGCGCGAAUCGGGCGUUUACACUUCCCAAAUAA